ACGACUGUCAGCGAUUCGGCUGGGAGUUGAUUUGGAGGUGGAGUUCGAGUCCGACUUGAGUGCGGACUCCCCGGAUCCGGUGGACUGGAGGCUGGAGCCGAGAAUCGUGCGGAUCGAGUUGAAGUGGGAGUCGAGGCAGUUGCCGGUUGGGGUGUGAGCUGAGCCUGUGGUGUCGCCUGUGUUUUGUGCUAAACGGCGCCGUCUCAGUCUCAAUCCAAUGUGUGACUGAAGCAUGAAAAGUGAGCUGUGUCGAGCUAGAACCAUACCAUAGUCUGUUUUGUUGACGGUGAAAGCUGUGGACGCUGCUGAAGACUUGGACUGAACGGAGUCUAAACAUGUUAAAAAAUGGCAAUUAAAUGGCUCAUUAGUUGUUCCAUUAAAUGCAUUUGUCUGUUUAUAUACUAGUAUACUUGUGGACUAUUGAAGCUUCGGAACAGAUAUCAUUUUUGCAUAAAAAAUGUCUUCAAAGGAGGUUUACUGUGUGGGCGCCCGGGUAUGGGUGCGCGACCCCGAAUGUGUGUGGAGAGGCGCCACCCUCAAGUCCGACUAUGUCAAGGACGUGCUCACUGUCGAGCUCGAGGACUCAGGAGAGGAGCGGGAGCUGGCGGUAAAGGACGACUCGGAGCUGCCACCUCUGCGAAACCCGGACAUCCUGAUAGGCGAGAACGACCUGACCAGUCUGUCGUACCUGCACGAGCCGGCCGUACUGUACAACCUGCGCGUGCGCUUCGCCAACCACGGCUCCAUCUACACAUACUGCGGUAUUGUGCUGGUCGCCAUUAACCCCUACGAGGAGCUGCCCAUCUAUGGAUCGGAGACCAUCUGGGCGUAUCGCGGGAAGGCCAUGGGUGACCUGGACCCGCACAUAUUCGCCGUCGCAGAGGAGGCCUACACAAAGAUGGAAAGGGUGAACACCAACCAGGCCAUCAUCGUCUCGGGCGAGUCGGGAGCCGGGAAGACGGUCUCGGCCAAGUACGCGAUGCGCUACUUCGCUACCGUGGGCGGCUCGGCCGAGCAGGAGACUCAGAUCGAGAAGAAGGUGCUGGCCAGUAACCCCAUCAUGGAGGCUAUCGGGAACGCCAAGACCAUCCGAAACGACAACAGCAGUCGCUUCGGCAAGUUCAUCGAGAUCGACUUCAACAAGUCAUACCACAUCUCGGCGGCCAACAUGCGCACCUACCUGCUGGAAAAGUCGCGCGUGGUAUUUCAGGCGGCUGACGAGCGAAACUAUCACAUCUUCUACCAGCUGUGUAGCGUUGCCGACCGCGAGGAGUUCCAGGAACUCGAGCUCGGCCACCAGGACGAGUUCUUCUACCUGAACCAGGGCGGCUCGCCGACCAUCGCCGGUGUGGACGACGCGCGCUGUUUCGAUCAGACGCGCGAGGCUCUGACGCUGCUGGGUCUGGAGCGGCGCGUCCAGACGGCCCUGUUCCGCACGCUGGCCGCCGUCCUUCACCUGGGCAAUGUUCAGUUCAGGGAGGAGAUGGCCGGGGGCGAGGAGGCGUGCAGUGUGACGAAAGGCGACAAAUGUCUUCCAGUGGUGGCCCGUCUGCUGAACGUGGACCACGAGCAAAUCCGGCACUGGCUCUGCAAGAGGAAGAUCGUCUCAAUGCGAGAGACGUUCACCAAGAGCAUGAACUUGAAGGAGGCCACCUCGUCGCGGGACGCGCUGGCCAAACACAUCUACGCCCAGGUGUUCUCCCACAUCGUGUCACGCAUCAACAAGAGCCUGGAGACUCGGGAGAAGGUACACCGCUUCAUCGGCGUGCUGGACAUCUACGGCUUCGAGACGUUCGAGGUCAACAGCUUCGAACAGUUCUGCAUCAACUAUGCCAAUGAAAAGCUGCAACAGCAAUUCAACCAGCACGUGUUUAAACUGGAGCAGGAGGAGUAUGUGAAGGAGCAGAUAGAGUGGACGUUUAUCGACUUUUACGACAACCAGCCGUGUAUCGACCUGAUCGAGACGCGGCUCGGAGUGCUCGACCUGCUGGACGAGGAGUGUAGGAUGCCGAAGGGUUCGGACCACUCGUGGGUGGAGAAACUGUAUGACAAGUGUCGCAAGUCGGACCACUUUGAGAAGCCGCGCCUCUCCAACACGGCCUACGUGAUCGUCCAUUUCGCCGACAAGGUGGAGUACGAGUCGGCGGGAUUUCUGGAGAAGAACCGGGACACCGUGCUCGAGGAGCAGAUCAACGUGCUGAGGGCCAGUCUGGACCCGGUCGUGUCUGGGCUGUUCGCGGCCGAGAAGCCCGCCGGUAAACUGGUACCGGUCAAGGCGGCAGCGGCAGGCAAGCCGGCCACCCAGAACAAGAAAACGGUGGGCUCCCAGUUCCGUGAAUCUCUCAGUAUGCUGAUGACCACCCUGAACUCGACCACACCACACUACGUGCGCUGUAUCAAACCCAACGACCGGAAGGAGGCGUUUGGGUUCGAACCGCAUCGAGCGGUUCAGCAGCUGCGGGCCUGUGGUGUGCUGGAGACGAUCCGCAUCAGCGCCGCCGGCUUCCCAUCCAGGUGGCUGUAUCAGGAGUUCUUCUACCGGUACCGCGUGCUAUGCACCACCAAGGACAUCCAGCGCAACGACAUGCGGGUGACGUGUGAGAACAUCCUCUCCAACCUCAUCAAGGAUGAGGACAAGUUCAAGUUCGGCCGUACCAAGAUCUUCUUCCGCGCGGGUCAGGUCGCCUACAUGGAGAAGCUGAGAGGGGACCGGCUGCGCGCCUGCGGCAUCAUGAUCCAGAAGCACGUGCGCGGCUGGCUGCUGCGAAAGCGCUACCAGACGGUGCGCGGCGCCACCUGCACGCUCCAGAGAUGGGUGCGAGGCUUCAUGGCACGGAGGCGAGUGCGUCACCUGCGGCGCACGGCGGCUGCGGUGCUGCUGCAGAGCCAGGCGCGCGGUUUUGUGGCGCGCCGCCGAUACCAGCGCCUCCAGCGGCUGGCGCUGGGACUACAGGCGCGCGCGCGCGGCCUCUGGGCCCGACAGCGCUACCAGAGGAUGCGCCAGGACCGCGCGGCGGUGGUCAUCCAGCGUCACGUGCGCGGCCUGUUGUGCCGGCGCCGGUACGCGCGCACCCAGCGCCAGAUUGUGCUGCUCCAGUCCUGCGUGCGCCGCCUGAUCGCCAAGCGGCAGCUCAAGUCGCUCAAGAUCGAGGCGCGCUCCAUCGACCACCAGAAGAAGCUCAACAAGGGCCUGGAGAACAAGAUCAUAUCGCUGCAGCAGCGCAUCACCGAACUGUCGUCGGAGCACAGCGGCCUGAAGCAGCGUCAGGCCGAGUUCGACCAGCUGACCGCCGACCACCGGAAACUGAAGACGGAGGCGGCCGAGCUGCGCCGUCAGACCGGCCGGCUGGCAGAGCUGGAGGCCGAGCUGGCGCAACUCAGACAGCAGCUCGACCAGGAGCGCUGCGAAAAGGUCGAUCUUGUCAACGAGCGUGACCGCAUUGAGAAGGAGGGUCGCGACCGGAUCCAGCAGCUGAACGAGGAGAAUGAGAAGCUGCGCCAGCAGAUCAUACGCGACGAGGAGCUGAAACAGAAACAGGAGCUCGAGUCCAAAGAGCUGCUAAAGACCAAGGUGAACCUGGAGAAGAGCGCGCUGAACGCCGAGUAUGACCAGGAGCGGAUGGCCUACCAGCGUCUUGUGCAGGAGAACGCCCGACUGGAGCAGCGCAACGAGACCCUGGAGAAGGAGCUGCAGCGAGCGCGCGGCGGCAAAACGCACAAGAGGUCCUCGAGCAAUGUGAGCGGUGCCAGCGAGGCGACCACAGAGGCGGCGCGGGACGAUAUCUCCGACCUGCCCAGCAUCACCUCCGACCUGCACGACGAGCUUAGUUCUAUCGGGCAGGAUAUCGGCUACGGCUCAGUCCGGUCCCGCACCAGUGAUCAGCCCGAGCGUAACCUGGAAAACAUCGACUGGAGUAAGCAGAACGGCAACCCGGACCUCGACAAGACUAUUGUGGUACCCGAGAGGAAGCCGCUGCCGUCUCCAGACGUGAACCUGGUUCUGAAGCUGCAGCAGAAGCUGAAGGAGGUGGAGGCCGACCGGGACCGGCUGGAGCGCCGUCUGGAGCGGCUCGAACAGGGCACGCCCGAUAGCGAGAACAAACAGGCCCAUGAUCAGAUCCGGCUCCAGGACCUGGAGAUGGAGAACGCCAAGCUGAAGGCGGACCUGCAGAAGCUGCGUCAGAGCAUCGCCUCCGGGAGCGGCGACGACCCCGGCAACGACCUCAUGCUGCAGUUCCACGCGCUACAGGACGAGCUGGAGCGUCGCCGUGAGGAGUGUAUCCAGCUGAGAACGGUGAUCGCCAAUAACGCCAGCUGGCCGAUGCGCAGUCUCGAGGACCGCGAUACCAGCGAGGAGGGAGAGGUGCUCAUGGCCUUCGAGACGCAGAAACAGAUCAACAGGCAGCUGGCAGAAGAGCUGCACCUGGAAAAGGAGGAGCGGGUGCGUCUUCUGCAGAUGGAAGCUGAGUACCGCCAAGAAAUGACGCAACUCAAGGCGGACAACGAGCGCCAGCAGAAGCUCAUCAGCCAGAACCUGGGCAGCGCGCACACCGGCCAGAACGAGGCCAUUAUGCAGCACGAGAUCACCCGGCUCACGGCUGAGAACCUGGAUCUACGCGAGAAGAUUGACAACCUCGCUGAACAGGUGAAAAAGUACAAGAAGCAGCUGAAACUGUAUGCCAAGAAACUCAAGGACAUGGGAGGCGCCGAGCCGAGCGCCGAGCAGCUGGAGGGCGGCCCAGCGGACGGCAGCGGCAUGCCUGCCAUCAGACACAAGAGCGUCGAGUAUGUGGGCAUGUUCGAGUACAAAAAGGAGGACGAGGAGCUACUCAUUCGCAGCCUCAUAUUCGACCUGCGGCCAAAGACGGCGGCGGUGCUGCUGCCCGGCCUGCCAGCCUACAUCCUCUUCAUGUGUAUCCGGCACACGGACCUGGUUAACGACGACGAGAAGGUUCGCCGCCUGCUGACUGCCGCCAUCAACGGCGUCAAGCGGGUGGUCAAGAAGCGUCGCGAUGACGUGGAGACGCUCAUCAUGUGGCUGGCCAACGUGUGCCGCCUACUGCACAACCUCAAACAGUACAGCGGCGACAAGGCGUUCCAGUCUGAGAACACAGAAAAGCAGAACGAACAGUGUCUGAAGAGUUUCGACCUGUCCGAGUAUCGCCAGGUGCUCUCCGACGUCGCCAUGUGGAUAUAUCAGCUGGUGAUAAAGCAGCUGGAGGAGCGCGUCCAGCCGGUGGUCGUCCCGGCCGUGCUGGAACAUGAGGCGAUUGCCGGCCUCACUGGCCGACCGGCCGGUAUCCGCGGCCGGGCCGGCUCCUCCGCGCGUCAGCUGGAGUCGCCCGUGAGCAGCGAGGCGGCGCUGGACGCCCUCCACAGCAGUCUGAAGAAGAUCCACCGCACCCUGGGCGAGCUCGGAGUGGACCCCGAGAUCACCGCGCAGAUCUUCAAACAGCUAUUCUACUCGAUCUGCGCGCACUCUCUCAACAACCUGCUGUUGCGGAAGGAGCUGUGCCACUGGACCAAGGGCAUGCAGAUUCGCUACAACCUCUCCCAUCUGGAGCAGUGGUGUCGCGACAACCGGCUACACGACCCGGAGACGGGUGUGAUGGACACGCUGCAGCCCAUCAUCCAGGCGUCCCAGCUGCUGCAGGCGCGCAAAACCGAGGAGGACGUGGCCAGGGUCUGCGACAUGUGCGACAAACUCACCACGCCGCAGAUCAUCAAGAUCCUGAACCUGUACACGCCGGACGAGUACGAGGAGCGGGUACCGAUCAGCUUCAUCAGGAAGGUGCAGGAGCACCUGCAGCAGCACCGCGACCCGGAGACGGACGGAUCGGCGCGGCUGCUGAUGGACUCCAAGUUCGCGUUCCCGGUGCGGUUCCCGUUCAACCCCUCCAACAUUCGACUGGAGGACAUCGAGAUACCAGACAUUCUCAACCUGCCCAUGCUGAAGAAGUUGUGAGUGACUCGUGUGUGAGUGUGGGUCGGUCGGCCAGAGCGACUGUUUACAGACUCGGCAGCUUGUCACGGGACUGCGGCAAUGGCAGCAACUGCUGGGUAGCUUCGUUUGAGACGCAACAUUCCGUGCUCGGUCAUAUCAUAGGUGGCGCGUGCGGUGCCGGACGGGCGUUUUACACCGUGCCGACAGUGUCCUUGUUUUGUAGCCGAGGAGGGCUAGCGGAAGCGGGGGAAAUUUGCGGAUGUUUGAGACCAAACAGGCCAAUGAUCCGGGUAGGCAACUAUUUAUACCUAUUUAUGUUCCUUGUUAUCGACAGCUUUAUCAUCGUUUGUUGAUUUUGCGCUGGAAAUCAGGUGAUUAUGAUCAGUGUGCAUAGCUGCGCGGGUGUAUCUGGAGAAUCGUGUCUGACGUUACACUGGGCGUGUCUGCCAACCGACCGUGGGAUCUCGGAGCUUACGCUAGUGUCUCGUUCCGCGAGACUCGCCGUCUGGAUUCCUGGACUGUCAGACCGACUGGAGGGGUCACAUGUUCCGCCUCCCGACCCAGCGAGGUUUCAGUUUACCGGCGACGCAGAACUCAUGGCCCAGCGUUCGCUGCCAGGUCCGUUUUACCCCUUGUGUCUGUCUGUGCGGCGCCCCGCGGCGUUCAAUGAGACAUUCCCCUCAGAUGUGAUAGCUGCCGCAGGCGCGGAGGCGGUAACACGGUCUACUUAGUGCGUCUACUUACGGAGGGCGCCGGCCGUCGAGUCGGGUGUUCUGCAGCUCGGCGAGUGGCAAGGUGUCAGAUUAUUGUGCGAUGCGCUGUAGUCGCAAUAUACAUGUGCUAUGCGGAACAGUA